AUGGAACUGGACAUGGGAUCAAUUACGAACCGACGAAACACUACGUCAGCUUGCCCGUCUUGGAACCAUGCCAAGGUAAAGCAUAAGAACUUGAAAUUCUGUUACGAAAAGGCACAUACCUCGGUGAAAGGUGAAAAUGACCGGCCAGCACCUACUAUAGCCGGCCAGCGCGUGACGUUGGAUCAAGCAAGGAGCCGAGGUGUACCAAGGAUUACCAGAGAUCAUAUAAGAACGGCAGCUAUUUGCAAGGCACAAGCACAGGCAAAGCCCACCGCUCAACUCAAUGAGGUGAGGUCUAUUUGGCACCGGGCGGGCGCCCUUUCCCCCGAGAGCUCCAGUGGUCCGGAAGAACAGCGCCUGAUUUGCCCGCGUGCAUUGAAUGCUAGGGACAUGGCCAAUUGCAUCAGGCCAGAAUAUGGUUUACGCAACAUAUGGCCCUUGGAGUGGAUAUUCAUGGAUCUUUACUUGUGA